AUAAUUCUUUCUCAUUGUCUUUUAAAAUCAAUAAUGAAUGGAGUAUGUCAUUAGUGCAGUGGAAUAACUCACAGGGAGGCUAUUGCCAAGUGCUCUGAGCACAUCCAUAGGUGAUUCUUGCAGAGGAAUUGUUUUUAAAAGGUUAAAGUUCUUCAGGUUGUUUGGUUUUACUAAAAAUGACACUUGGGUGUUUAGAGGCUGAUCAUGACCAGCAUCAGCUCUUUGUGGUCUGAAUUACCUUCAGUAGCUGAAUCCCUAUUUGGAGUUCAUUGUUCAGCUUCUCUGUGGUUGGGAAGCACAGGUAGUUGUUGUUAAUGUGAGUGUUUGUGUGUACAAAUUUAAUGCUGCAUUUCUGUGCAGAAGAGAAAAAAAACCAUUUCAAUAAGAGGGCAGUCUCUAAUGCGAGUUUCCUCUUGCCUGGAAAGAAAGGCAGCCCUUAGGAGUGGCAGUCACAGAUGCUCCUUCAGAAGAAAGCUGCUGGAAAUCAGCCCAGGUGUUAGUGGCCAAUGGCUCACUUCCAUGAGUGGUAGCAGGUGAACUGGGAAGUUCAAAAUUUGGGUUUCAGGUGAACUCUCAACUCGCUGUGGUACCAGACAAGGUGCAGGGCCAGCACAAAGUCCACCUGCAUGGUGCCUUUUCCUUACCAGCUGUAGUGGCACAGCUCGUGCUCCCAGCCCCCAGCAAUUAGCUUAAGGGUGCUGAGAGACCGAGGGGGCAGCAGCAGUGGGGCGAUCACAGCAGGAAGGGGUUGCCAACCCUCCCUGGCAGCCAGAGUGAGCAGCAGGAAGAGUCUCCCUCUCCGGCACCUCUGCGUCCGUGCGGGGCCCUGACUGUGGCUUCUGCUUCUUGGCCCUGCCAGUAUAACAGUCCAAGAUAAUGUGUGUUUGAAGGCAUUUCCUGUCAUUUGUCUGCCACAGUUUUGUCACUCUGUUGUUUGCUGAAGAGCUUUCAGGAAGCCAUUGAUGUGUGGUUAUGGGAAGGAAUUAGCGUGAGCCGUGGUUUCCUCGCUCCUGUGCUGCAGGCCCCCAGCCCAGCAAAGCUUCCUUGCACCUGCUCUGCUUUGCAGGUUCUUGAAUAGAUGCUUUUUACCCUUGCUGUAAUUUUACCUGCUGCCAGACUUGGAUAGAGAGCAGAACAGUUGGUGCGAGCACCAGAGUGAAACCGCACAAAAUUAAACAGCAGCCGCAGCUGAGCAUCCCACCUCAAACCUUUGAACAUGGGAGGUGUGGCACAUGCUCCGUGGAAGGCUGACCCAAGCUGAGGUUUUUCCAAACAUCAUGGGAGAGAUUAAAGUCUCUCCUGACUAUAACUGGUUCAGAAGCACAGUUCCUCUUAAAAAGAUAAUAGUAGAUGAUGAUGACAGCAAAAUCUGGUCACUGUAUGAUGCAGGGCCAAGGAGCAUUCGCUGCCCACUCAUAUUUCUCCCUCCUGUGAGUGGGACUGCAGAUGUGUUUUUCCAGCAAAUUCUGGCACUGACUGGAUGGGGCUACAGAGUUAUUGCUUUGCAGUAUCCAGUGUACUGGGAUCACCUUGAGUUCUGUGAUGGAUUCAGGAAACUCUUAGACCACCUUCAGCUGGAUAAAGUUCACCUUUUUGGCGCUUCUCUGGGAGGCUUUCUGGCUCAAAAGUUUGCUGAAUACACACACAAAUCUCCCAGAGUCCAAUCUCUGAUCUUGUGUAAUGCCUUUAGUGACACUUCUAUUUUCAAUCAGACGUGGACAGCAAACAGCUUUUGGCUGAUGCCUGCUUUUAUGCUGAAAAAAAUUGUCCUUGGGAAUUUUGCAUCCGGUCCUCUAGAUCCCGAGAUGGCUGAUGGGAUUGAUUUCAUGGUGGACAGGCUGGAGAGCCUCGGCCAGAGCGAGCUGGCCUCAAGACUCACCCUCAACUGCCAGAACUCCUAUGUAGAACCUCACAAAAUCCGAGACAUCCCUGUAACCAUUAUGGAUGUGUUCGACCAAAGCGCGCUUUCAACGGAAGCAAAAGAAGAAAUGUAUAAGCUUUACCCUAAUGCCAGAAGAGCUCACCUCAAAACAGGAGGCAACUUCCCCUACCUCUGCAGGAGUGCUGAGGUCAACCUGUACAUUCAAAUCCAUUUGCUGCAGUUCCACGGUACCCGGUAUGCAGCCAUUGAUCCCUCCAUGGUCAGUGCAGAAGAGCUGGAAGUCCAAAAGAUCAGCCUUCACACCAGCAACGAGCAAGAGGAGCAGUAGGCUUGGGAGUGCCAGUGAAACAGAGGCAUUGGUUUGGUGGUCUUCCUGUGUACAAUCAACUGUUCCCACUCUGCCUUUUCCCUCGUGUUAGCCGAUUAUCACUGUGUGAUUCCAACAGGAUCAACAGUCGGUGAACUACCCGUGGACAGCAACCUCCAGCAGUGUAAUGGGAUAGAUCUGUUUAAUUUUUAGUCUUUGGAUUCAAGGAAGCAUCUUAGAAGACUACACUUCUAAAAAUAAAAGACAUUUUUUCUACCAAAGUCUUCACUGUAUCAUGUUCUUAAGCAGAACGGUAUUUCUUUUUAUAUUUUUCACUCGGCUGUAUAUAUUACCACAUGCAGAUUGUGUACUUGUAAGCUGACAUCUAUUUUUGUUGAAUAUUUGAUUUAAAAGAUGUUUAAGUGUCAAUAUUGCCAUCACUUAUUUGCUUCGUGCAUUGUGUUGUAAGUUAGUUUGUUUCUAUUUGAAAUAAAGCAUUUGAAUUUUUAACUUU